AUCGACGAAGUCCAAGCCAUUCAUGCUAGACUUGUGGCAGAAGAGAACGAAUGCUACAAGGACAUCACCACCAAACAUUCUACACCGGACCCAAUGCUCGGUCACGAGCAAUGGGAGGACAUUGUCGCACGUCAUUAUACGCUUCUGUGUGAGUACUAUGACUUCUUGACAACCACGCAGGAUUACUCUGCCAGUCCAAAAUUGCGUGAGCUUGCGAGCAAGUAUGCAAUGCCAGCGCGUUUGUGGGAGAAGGGGAUACGUUCCUUGUUGAAAAGACUAAACAGCUGUUUGCCUGAAUCACGCGACUAUAUGUGUACUUUCAUCGAUUUCGCGUGUUUCAUCAUGGUCCUGCUAUGUCAAAUGGCGCCAGACUUUGAAGAUGUUUGGAAUGAACAUCUUGGUGAUCUGGGUGUAUACCGGAUCGCUAUGGAAGAAGAUCACUUCGAGAACCGUAGAGCCUGGACAUCGACUACACGUCAAUGGUACUCCAAGGCUAGUCAUAGGUCUCCCUCGAUCGGCCGUCUUUAUCACGGAUUAGCAACCUGUGCGAAAGCGAACACUCUCGAGCAGCUCUUCUUCUACACAAAGUCUCUCUGU